CACCUCCUUUCACAGGGAGAUAUAAAAAGCUUGGUCUGCUUUCUGCUUUUUCACCAGAGAGUGCCAGGUCAGGGUUUCAGCUGCUCCGACAUUAACUUUACAUCCCCCUGCAAUACCAAAGAUCUGCAAAACAAAUGGCACCCGUCGGAUCCAAGAAGGGCAUCCUGGAGCGCCUGAACGCAGGCGAGGUUGUGAUCGGAGACGGCGGCUUCGUCUUCGCCUUGGAGAAGAGAGGCUACGUGAAAGCCGGACCCUGGACUCCUGAAGCCGCAGCUGAGCACCCCGAAGCCGUGCGACAGCUGCACAGAGAAUUCCUGAGGGCGGGGUCAAAUGUCAUGCAGACUUUUACCUUCUAUGCCAGUGAUGAUAAACUUGAGAACAGAGGCAACACCGUCGGCUUCACUGGGGCGCAAAUCAACGAAGCGGCUUGUGAUCUGGCCAGAGGGGUGGCCAAUGAGGGCGACGCCCUGGUUGCAGGCGGAGUCUCUCAGACCCCCUCGUACCUGAGCUGCAAAAGUGAGACUGAAGUGAAAGCCAUCUUCAAGAAGCAGAUGGACGUCUUCAUCAAGAAGAACGUGGAUUUCCUGAUCGCCGAGUACUUCGAGCACGUCGAGGAAGCCGAGUGGGCCGUCCAAGUCUUGAAGGCCACCGGGAAACCCGUUGCUGCCACCCUGUGCAUCGGACCCAUGGGAGACAUGCAUGGGGUCAACCCUGGAGACUGUGCCAUCCGUCUGGUGAAGGCUGGCGCCGACAUCGUAGGAGUGAACUGCCACUUUGACCCCAAGACCUGUGUGGAGACCGUAUCCAUGAUGAAGGCGGCGGUGGAGAAAGCUGGACUCAAAGCUCACUUCAUGGUGCAGCCUCUGGCCUACCACACGCCUGACUGCAGCUGCCAGGGCUUCAUCGACCUGCCCGAGUUCCCCUUCGCUCUGGAGCCCAGAGUACUGACCCGCUGGGACAUGCAGCAGUAUGCCAGAAUGGCCUACAAUGCAGGAAUCCGCUUCAUCGGCGGCUGCUGCGGGUUCGAGCCCUACCACAUCCGUGCUAUAGCUGAGGAGCUGGCUACGGAGCGCGGGUUCCUGCCCGAGGGCUCUGAGAAGCACGGCCAGUGGGGAAGCGGCCUGGAGAUGCACACCAAGCCCUGGGUCCGAGCCAGAGCCCGCCGUGAUUACUGGGAGAAGCUGAAGCCCGCCUCUGGUCGUCCGUUCUGCCCGUCCAUGUCUGCCCCGGAUAGCUGGGGUGUCACUAAAGGCCACCCGGACCUGAUGCAGCAGAAAGAGGCCACCACUCAGGAUCAGCUGCGUCCGCUCUUCGCUAAAUCUGAAGCCAAGUCCUGAAUAUAGAGAUGAAGGAAAAUCCCACGCUCACCUGUGCCACCGGAGUGUGGGAAACUGAGAGAGAGGGAGAAAAACACAGGAUCUUUUGUUCUCUCUCUCUCUCUCGCUCACAUAAUUUCUCUUUUGUUAGGUUACACAGAAUCGAAAGUAUUCAUAUUGGCAUGUUUUUUGCCAGGACCAUUUUUCUAGUUUUUGCAAAAAACAAACUCAGUAUUCUUUUUCUCCAGCCUGUGAAAGCAGUGUUUAGACAUAAACAUACAUUUUAGAAUCGUACCUGAGGCACCGUGGCCUUAUGUAUCCGUAUGAUUUCGAUGCUAUUGUUUUGGUCUUUGCUCUAUGAGUCAAAUCCACCGUUCUGAUGACUCUAAACUGCGCUGCAUAACCCGCUGCAUUACCAUGAGCAAAGCUGCGUGACCACAUUUCAUCCUCUCGGAGUCGUUCGAAAUUCCAGGUUCGCCGAAGGCUCCAGGCUUUCAGUAGUUGCUGUCUGAUCAGUUGGUGAUUGAUCUUGACGUUUAUGCAUUUUGUCAUUGACUCAAUUCAUUAAACAUAUCAAAGUGA